UGUUCAGUCAUCUAUAUGCGAUCUCUUCUUGAAAAUAAUCUUAUCAAAUUUAAGGAGUGGGGUCAGAAAGGGGGAAAGGAUGAAGAAACAGGAAAGAAAGAAGAGAAGGAGAAAGAAAUGGAGAAAUGGGAAAGAAAGAAGAAAGAGGGAUCGGAAGGAAGGAAGACAGGAAAGAAAGAUGAAGAAAGAAGCUUGAUCCAUUCAUUUGAAUAUCGGGCAUCGCAUAAACCCCUACGGAGGCUACAGAAUCUACAGUUAAAGAUGGAGCUGAUCCGGCGGAAGUGCAAGGUGAUGUCACACAGGCUUGAUGAUGGAGAACGAUAAGCGGUUGGAUGAAAUGCGAGUGAAACAUUGACCGCAAAAGCUAACAUAUUCCCCAAAGAUGCUAAAAAGCCAAGUGCUUUGUUGGUUGAGCUCAAUAAAACAGGUACAUACUGCACUAGGGAAAUGGCUUUAACCAAAUAUGUGGCAUCCUCCAACGGGGUUCGGGAUCAUCUUUAGAGAGAGGAUCAGUAACUCAGUAAGUGGUGCAAAUCGGAAGGAGUUGGCAGCAAAACCUGAUGUUGACAGUAGGGGUGGAAACAGGCUAGGCCAGGCUUUCGCCUAAACAGAUCGGGCCUGUUUUAGAAUAUAUAGGCCUGAGCCUGACCUGUUACCUGUUAAAGGCCUGUUUUUACGGCCUGGCCCUGGCCUGUUUAAAAACCUGACCUGGUCUGAAGCCUGUUUAACGGGUCUGUUAAGAAAAAAAGUAAAAUUUCAAAAAAAAAAUACAAAAUGAAAAGUGAAAAAUCCUUUUAAUCCGGUAUAAAAUUUAUUACCCCAAAUAUUCACUAAAAAGUCUAAAGUUUUGCUUUGGGUGUCUAAUAAUACAUUAUUAAGGAGUAUUAUUAUGUAGUUUAUAAAUUAUAAAUUUCUAUAUACUUUGAAUCUUGAAAAACUUUGAAUUUCAAUUACC